CCCUCUCUCGCCGUCUGCUCGCUCGCUCGCCCGCCCCCCAAAUCCCUACUCCCCCACCAACCCCAGCCGAACCCCGGCGGCGUCACCGGCGAUGGAGUGCGUCAUCGGCGUGGUCGGCCGCGACUUCGCGGUCGUGGCCGCGGACACGUCCGCCGUGCAGAGCAUCCUCGUCCACAAGACGGACGAGGACAAGAUCAUGCUCCUCGACUCCCACAAGCUCAUGGGCGCCUCCGGGGAGCCCGGCGACCGCGUGCAGUUCACCGAGUUCAUCCAGAAGAACCUCCACCUCUACCAGUUCCGCAACAACAUGCCGCUCAGCACCGCCGCCACCGCCAACUUCACCCGCGGCGAGCUCGCCACCGCCCUCCGCAAGAAUCCCUACUCUGUAAACAUCAUACUUGCAGGGUUUGAUAAAGACGCUGGUGCAUCGAUGUACUACAUUGACUACAUCGCAACACUCCACAAGAUCGACAAGGGCGCAUUUGGGUACGGGUCAUACUUCUGUUUGUCGCUGAUGGACAAGUUGUACCGCCCUGACAUGACUGUCGAGGAAGCGGUAGACCUUGUUGACAAGUGCAUCAAGGAGAUCAGACUCCGGCUUGUUGUCGCGCCUCAGAAUUUCGCCAUCAAGAUCGUGGACAAGGAUGGCGCCAGGGACUAUGCUAGGCGUGAGAUCGGAGGUGACAGUCCUGCAGUCGCAACCGCAAGCGCGACAGUAGCAACAACUGCCUGAGGUGAUUGGCCCUGUUGGUGGUCAUUUGGCUGGCUGGAGGCUGAAUCCUUCCUGUUAAUUGUUUCCGAGUACUGUCACUAUGUAAUCGCAAUACGUUUCAGUUUGAGAGCUGUGUUGCAAAUUCUCCCAGAUGUGGACUAGUCUGUUUAUGACCCCUAUUUCAUGGUUAUAUGUUUCACUGUUUCUUGCUAUCGAAUGCUGUGUUCCGGGUA